AAAGUCCAAAUAAAUAAGCCUCCACUCAACUCAUUGUAAUAGUAUCUUUGAACAUCUAACGGGCACCCCAAUCUUCCUGGUUGAUUUUUUUUUUUUUUUUUGCAAUUUUUUUGGUCUGUACAUUUCCAAUUUCUGAAUAUUUAGCAGAAGACGUUAUUUGUGUAGGGAGAUCUCUCUUUUAUGUCAUCUAUAAGUAGACGAACCGGAUCAGUUCAAUUCAGAAUUGAAAUUGAAAUCAAAGUUAGUUAAUCCAAAGUUAAGCUUGGAUUAAUUGAAUUAGUAUUGAAUAAGGUGAAAUUGAUUUAAUUUUAAUUGCCAACAGUUGGAGUUAAAAAUAUAUAUUAUCUAUUCUAAACAAAGGAAAAACAUAGAAUAACAAUGGCACGAAAUAAGAUACUAAGGCAAGAGAAAUCUGAUUAAUGAUCGAUCAUGUAAUGUGACCGACAAUUCUGAAUGUUAUCUGUUUGUAUGUAUUCCUCAGUGAAGAAUUAUUUAAUUAGGGAACCAUAUCCCGUUGUCUACUUCAAGCAUGGGUUCUGGCCUUCUAGGUCCCUACUUGUCUAGUUUUUUAUAUCCUUUCCCUUCCAUUUUUUUGCCUAUAUAUGUAGGUGGAAGAUAGGUGACCUUCCUGCAAAUUAUGCAAGAAAAACAAUGAAAUCCACCUUCCCUCCUGUCAUCACACUUUUCUUAUUUCUCUUGGUUGCCAAUACCAUCAAUGCAAGAAAAGAUGUGGGUGAAUACUGGAAAGGUGUCGUGAAAGAUGAACCAAUUCAAGACUCUGCUGUUUCCGAGAAGAAACCCAAUUGUCACGCCACUUUUGUCAAGGAUUUUGAGCCGAGGCCUAAUGUAUCAAUUUGCCAUGAUGAUACUUGCCUUAGGAAAGAUAAGGAUGUUGAUGUCAAGGAAGAGUAAAUCAUUUGUGUAUGAUUUCGAACCCAGGCCAAAUCUUUCAAUUUACAACGAGUAAGAGAAGUGAUCCUGAAGACUCAUGAUCUUAAUUAGUGGUAUGUGAUGAUGGUGCAUUAAUGCAGCAUCAAAGCACUUGAAAAAAAGUGCUUAAUGCUUAAUCUAUGUAAUUAAGAAGCUUAAUGCUUCAUUAUUAUGUUGAUUAUGUGUUUCAUGCAUUA